AUGAGACAAGCAAGGAUACUCACAGGAGCGGCGUUGGUGGCAGCUUCUGCAGCGGAGGACUUAAGUCAACAUGUCGAUGUAUUCAUGGGAACAGAAGGUGGAGGCAAUAACUUCCCCGGCGCAGUACGACCCUUUGGCAUGGUCAAACUCGGUCCCGAUCUACUAGUUUCAGGCACAGACUCAUACUCAGGGUAUCUGCCAAAUGGGAAUUUCUCAGGUUUCAGCAUGAUGCAUGAGCAGGGAACCGGUGGUGCACCAAAAUAUGGCACUGUCUCACAGUUACCCUUAAUUGGCAAUAUCAGUGAUCCGCUAUCUAAUAUCACUGUAAGUCGGAGUGGUUCCGACUCAGCCUCUGUUGGGUAUUACAAGGCACAGACUGGGGACGGAGUGAAUGUUGAGUUAAGUGCAUCAUCAAGGGCAGGUAUCUAUCGGUAUACUUUCCCCUCUGGCUCUAAGGGAAAUGUACUCGUUGAUGUUUCACAUGUUUUGCCUUCAUUCCGUGGUCAGGGUCUUAGUCAAAACUAUGAAGGUGGAAAUAUCACUAUCUUCUCUGACGGUCACUAUGAAGGAGCGGGCGUUUAUAAUAAUGGGUGGAAUGAGGCACCAGAUUGGACUAUUUACUUCUGUGGCUACUUUGAUUCUGCUGCUACCAGCAACACAACUUAUACAGCAACAGGGACAGGCAAAAGUGUCCAGGUACUUGGUGGCGUAGCUUCAUCCACGUCAAACUCUACGCGUGUUGGUGGACUAUUUUCCUUCAGUGACAGUGAAGUCAGCUCCCGCGUUGGUAUUUCCUGGAUUUCCAACAAACAAGCCUGCAACAACGUGAAUUCUGAAAUUCCAAGUGGUACUGAGCUUGAAUCAGUGGUUGAAGAUGCAGUAUCUGAAUGGAACGAGGUUGUCUUGUCCAAAAUUACUACAUCAAACACCAACACAACCAGUCUCAGCUUGCUGUACACGUCUCUUUAUUUCAUGCAUCUGAUCCCAACAAAUCAAACUGGAGAGAACCCAUACUGGUCAUCGUCUGAACCAUAUUAUCAAGACAUCUUCACGUUCUGGGACCUCUUCCGCUGCUCCACUUCUCUCAUGCAAGUCCUCCAACCGACUUCAUACGAAGAGCAAAUCCGAUCAUUAAUCGACAUCUGGAGAAAUGUCGGCUACAUGCCAGAUGCCCGAUCCUCGAACUACAACGGCCGCACGCAAGGCGGAUCAAACGCCGACAACAUCCUCGCAGACGCGUACGUCAAAGGAGUCCGCGGUUCCGUCGACUGGGCCGACGGCUACAAAGCUAUGGUCAAAGAUGCAGAAGACACACCAGUCAAUUAUCCAGUUGACUGGAUGGCUCCAGACUCAUCCACGCACGAAGGCCGAAGUGCUCUUCCCGACUGGCUGAAAUAUGGCUAUAUCACACCCACCUACAGUCGGGCCGUGAGCCGGGCAGUUGAAUACGCCUAUAACGAUUUCGGACUGUACCAGGUUGCAUCUGGGCUGGGGGAAACAGACGACGCAAAGAAGUAUCUGAAUCGCUCACGUAAUUGGAGGAAUCAUUGGAAUCCGGACCUUACUUCGCUGGGCUUUCUGGGCUUUGUGGUACCCCGUGAUACAUCUGGGUUUAUUGAUACUGAUCCAUUGACCGCUAGUGGUUACUGGGGCGAUCCUUAUUAUGAGGCUAGUUCGUGGGCGUACUCGCUUUCCGAUGUGCAUGAUAUGAAGCAUAUCAUUGAGUUGAUGGGUGGGAACGAGACUUUUGUCUCGCGACUAGAUACCAUGUUCAUUGAUGGAGCCAGUGGAUCGAGUGGGACUAUUUUUGACCCGACUAAUGAACCGAUGUUCAAUAUCCCGUAUCUGUACAACUAUGUCGGUCGACAGGACCUGGCAGUCUUGCGAUCUCGCAAGGUAGCCAAGGAAGACUAUACCACUGGUGUCUCUGGGUUACCGGGUAAUAGCGAUGCAGGAGCUAUGCAGACCUGGCUACUCUGGAACAUGAUCGGUUUGUAUCCGAUCACCGGACAAACAACCUUCUUGAUUCAUUCGCCGUGGUUCGAGUCUAUGACCAUUGAUCUGGGCAGCGACAAAAACCUGAAAAUUACGUCAACCGGUGGAGACGGGAAUGGCGAUACCGACAUCUAUGUACAAAGCCUCAAGGUCAAUGGCAAGUCAUGGAAGAAGAACUGGUUGACUUGGGAUGACAUCUUUGCGCAGGGGGGUACGCUAGAGUUUGAACUGGGACCGACCGCAGUCAAUUGGACGACCAGUGAGUUGCCUCCGAGUCCUGCAUCUUAG